AUGGGCGCGACGACGACGACAACAACAACAUCAAAAACACCGUUGUUCUUGGUUAAAAAGAAAAGAACCGAUCUAAAAAUCGUCCAACUUUCUCGAAGCAGAAGCAGAAGAAAGCUUCCUCCUCCUCCCAAAAGUGUUCUGAAAACCAAUUCGCCGCCCCCGGCUGAAGAGGAAGAAAAACGUUCUUCAAUAACGAAAGCAAAGAACAGUAAAGAUGCGUUCAAACUCGAAACAAACGAAAUCGCGUUAUACGACACGACGUUGAGAGAUGGCGCGCAACAAGUCGGGAUGUCGCUCACUUUAGACGAUAAACUCGCGGUUUCAAAACGAUUGAAAGAAAUCGGCGUUCGAUUCAUCGAAGGAGGGUACCCUGGAUCCAACCCGAAAGAUGCGAAAUAUUUCGAAGUCGAAGCGAACAACGCGCGCGAAAUGUCCUCGCAAUCCAACUCUGGAUCGAGUAAAAACUCUUCCUACACUGAUGCUGCCGAAGUUUCCAACAAAAAUAAAAACAAAAACGUGAAUAAUAAUACCUACACGUUCAUAUCUGCGUUUGGUAUGACGAGACGCAAAGGCGUAUCGGUCGAACAAGACGCCGGACUCCAAGCUAUGUUGGAUUGCCCGGCACCAGUCGCGUGUAUCGUAGCAAAGGCGUGGGACGAACAGUGUGAAAAAGUUCUGGAGGUGACUUUAGAGGAAAAUCUCCAACUCAUCGAAGAGAGCGUCGCGUAUCUCAUCGAGAACGGGAAGGAUGUCAUCGUAGACGCCGAACAUUUUUACGACGGAUACAACGCCAAUCCCGAAUACGCUUUAAAAUGCUUAAAGACGGCGGCAAACGCUGGAGCUAAAGCCAUCGCUUUGUGCGAUACGAAUGGAGGCAUGAUGCCAUGGGAUGUCGAAGCAAUCACUCGAAUAGUCGUCGAGUCUCUCGGUGACACGAUGAUUGGCGUGCACAUGCACAACGACGGCGGUUUGGCGGUUGCGAACUCCAUCGCGGGCGUUCGAGCUGGGGCGACGAUGGUACAAGGCUGUUUCAACGGUUACGGCGAACGAACGGGCAACGCAGACUUGGUCGUUAUUGCCGCGAAUUUAGCAUUAAAAAUGGGUAAAAAAGUCGUUCCAGACGGCGAGCUCGCGAAACUUACCGAGUGCGCGCGAACGAUUGCGAAAAUUUGCAGACAAGACAUUUUGGCUCGGCAACCGUACGUCGGACCGGAUGCUUUCGCACACAAAGGUGGUUUACACGUCGCUGCGUUGAAGAAGAUGCCCAUGAGUUACAACCACAUACUUCCCGAACUCGUCGGAAACUCUGCUCGAUCGGUGGUUUCAGAAUUAAGCGGCAGAGGGAACGUUCUCGACGCGGCGUAUAAAACCGGUCGCGAAGUCAGCGGCGACAUGGCGAAGAAGGUUCUCGCGCAAAUAAAAAGUUUAGAAAGUAAAGGUUUUAUUCUCGAAGAUGCCGGCGCGAGCGUGGAUAUUUUGUUUCAACGCGCUGCCUCGGAUUACGAGGCACCGUUUAACGUUGUUGAAUUCACCGUUCACUCUGGCUCGACAUCGUUCGGAGUCGUCGCGAAAGAGGAAGAUGAUGACGAUGGUAGUAGUGAUAGUGGUAGUGGUAGUAGUGAUAGUAAUAGCAGCAGCAACGGCAACGGUACCAAUAGAAACAGAGCCCCGUCGGAGGGUUACAAGGAAGGAUCGUUUUCUUCCAACCAAGCUAUUGUGAAGAUAGAUACGUUCUUGACAAAGAAUAUGGAAACGCGUUUGAGCGUAGCGGAAGGAAACGGUCCGGUUGAUGCGUUGGCGAAAGCGCUUCGUUCAGCCUUGCGAGAUGAUUUCCCUCAGCUCGAUGGUAUUUCACUGAGCGAUUAUAAAGUUGAUUUACUCAGUCAAGGCGGUACGACUGCGGCGGUAACCAGAGUAACGAUUGACUUUGUUGAUUCGGCGACGGAUUUGCGUUGGAGAACUGUCGGGGCGCACAGCUCAAUCAUCGAAGCUUCGUUUCGCGCUUUGGUGGACGGCUUGGAAUACGGCAUCGAACGAUGCGCGGACGGAUGCGUCGUGGACUUUGAAACGAAUUAA